AUGUAUGGCUGUGCUUAUCUGUUGUCUCUAGUGCUGAUCUACAUCUCCUCCAAAUUUCACAGUCAAAUUCCUUAUAUCUCGCUCAGAAUCGACGAUUUUUGUUCCAAUUUUCCGCCCCCGUGUUCGUCCAGUUCAUCCUGUUCGUGCUCCGACCGGCACUGCCGGCACUUCCUCACCGGCACUGCCGCCGCGGCCCUCCUUCUUCCUCCGCUCGCCCAUCCCACCGCAAGCCUCCGCUCGUCAACGCGCCUCGAUCCGCGCCCGCAAAAGCCGCCAGCCACCGCCGGCCCGCCGACCAUCCGCGUGCGCCCAGCAUACCUCCGCGCCACGCCCCGCCUCCGCUCCAUCCUGAUCCCUGCCGAGCCGCCCAUCGCACGCAACCGCUCGCGAGCAAGCGCCGCCCGGCCAACUCCCCGUGUGCGCGCCUCGAGCUCUGCUCCAAGCCACCACGCCCGCCGCCGCUCGCCACCUGCCCGCCCCAAGCUCCUGCCUGGCCCCGCUCCCGCCCAGCCGCGCCCGCACCAAGCCCUCUUCCACGGCCAAGACAAAUCGCCUCAGCCUCUCCCGCUCGCUGUCGCUGUUGCUCCGCUCGCCUCGCCUCCACGCCUCGAUCUCAGCUCGAGCCGGCCGCCGUUCCCCGCCAGCAGAGCCACGCCACCUCCACGCGCAGGCCGCACCGCACCCGCCGGCCCAAGCCGGGCCGCACGCCCCGCCCGCCCAGGCACCCGCCACCGCACUUGCUCUGCUCACCGCGCAUCCACCCCCGCGCACACGCAGCCGGCAGUGCCACCCGCUCCCCACCGGCAGUACCGGUCAAACAUCAGCGCCCGGCACUACCGGGAACACCACUCCGACACCUCCGCUCGACCCACCCCGGCAGUACCGCCCAUCUCACCCCGGCACUGCCGCUGA